CUGGACAGGAAUACACCAUGACAGGCCCCCAGUGAGCAUUCUAGUGUAUAAAUUAAACAGCAAUCCCGGAGCCCAAGCAGUCGUAGAAUACAAAUCAAGCACGGUCACUACAACAUCAUUCUUAGAUAUAUACAAAUCAUCAUCAACUCGAAACCAAAACAAGUGGUCUAACGGACAUUAUCAUGAUGAAGUUUAUUACUACCCUUGCAUUCUUUAUCCUUUCUUUUACUUCCUAUGCCUUCUCCAGAACAUCCCCAAGCGGCAACACCACAUGCCGCCACCUUCCAGGUCCUGUCAGUAAUGUAACGCAAGCCUUGCUGAAGGACAAUAGCGGUUUCGUCUCUGUCGGAGACGACGGCGUGGUCCGCUCUUUUGUUCCCAACGGAACCGUCAUCGACUACUACCAGCUAGACCCAGACCAAGUAAAGCAGUUUGCUGAGAAACAGUACUCCGCAUGGGCAGCACACGGAGAGGGAGACGUGCCGGCCAGUGUCUCUGAGUUAGCACGGCCGCCAUAUCCAGAUGGAUGUCUCGUGGUCAACGAAACGCAGCUUCUUUUCCCCUCCGUGAUCCCAGACACGGGAGACCAAUCGGUUUCCCCCUCGGCUACAUCAGCAGAUAAGCCAACACGCGCUCUUGGCUUGCUGAGUAGCAAUAACCCCACCUGUGUAGGAUGGAGUUGUCAGUCCUUGGCUGAUUGCCAACCUCACUGUCUAGCAUGUUAUUUUCAGCAUGGGCCGCCAAACGGAAUAUGUUUUGCAGAUUAAAUCUACGGAUAAGGAACUUGGAGGCUUAUCGCAAAGGCCGCAGGUAGCUGAAAAGGGGUAGUACAUGGACAAUUCAGGAUGAUGAGAGUGCAUUGGGAAGUCUGGCUUGAUAGGAGUGACGGGCGAACACACACACAUACACGUUCAUUUCUAUGGUUAGUACACGGGUAGCUCGUGCCAGUCUACAUACGAGUACAGAUUCAGUAGUAUUUUGUUUUUUUAAGGACCGCUCGCUAUGUUAUUUAGAUUGUUAUAUUAGCUUAUUUCAUC